UACAAACACAAUUUUUAAAGUGCGUUGAAAUUAAAAAUAAUGACUUGAAAAAGUGAUUUUCAUUACACUUAUAUCCAUUUUCAAUACGUUGUAGAUUUUCACGCAUUUGUUUUAGUUUUCAAUAGAUGCUCUCUGGAACAAAUGUGUGAAAAAUACAAGGCGGAUAUAGGAAAGUUACUGCAAAAGAGGAUUUACUGUAGUACCAUUACAAGUGGAAUACCGGUAGUGGUGAUAAUUAUUUACCCAAGUCAGGCUAAUCUGUGAGAGAGAGAGACUGGUCGUGGAUUGGCACUGCUUCCAUCACAUCACACUCUGUACUGUUCAUCAAAUUUACAAACUCAGGUAAGAGGAUCCUCUCGUAAAAACUGUUCAACCAGUCCCCUCACUAAUUCUGUGCACCUGAAAAGGUUACUGCGCGAACGCUCUCCGAGAUUCGGUUACAUAACUUCAAUCCCUCGAUAAAAACUCAGCAACCAUUCUCACUUCAAUCCAAACCCCUCUGUGUGCACCAAGCUCACUCAGAAAAGUCUUGUCUCUCUCAUCAACUAUGAGGAAGUUGUAUGGCAAAGACUGUGUCCAUCGAUUACCACGUCUUACCUCCAACCAGCUAGCCUUAUUUCCGGCCACCAUAUUGACACUCACAGCGGCUCUCUCACUGGAAGAUAGAGAAGUAUUGGCUUAUCUAAUCUCUUGCUCAUCUGAUAACAAUCAGAGGAACACUCGGAAGACCAGUGGUGGUGGAGAGCACCCGCCAUGCUUCAACUGCAACUGUUUCAGCUGCUAUAUGAGUUACUGGGUAAGGUGGGACUCGUCACCAAACCGUCAAUUAAUACAUGAAAUCAUUGAUGCAGUUGAAAUUGAGUUGGUGCAGAGCAAGAAAGACAAGAAUAAGAAGAAAAGAGAGAGAGGCUGUAAUGGGUUGGCGGAUGAGUUGAAGCAGUCCAAGUCGACUUCCGUUGAGGACGAGUUUGCUCUGCCAGAAUCAGUGGAUAAGACUGCUGGUGGUAGUGGCGGCAAGGGAGAUGAAAAGUUAGAGAAGGUGUCAGUAAGGAAGUUUGUGAGUCUUAUCAGAGAGAGGAUUUGGAGUGUUUGGACCUGAUGAUUUCGAAGGGAAAAUAUUAAGGCUCCCAUACAUUUUUUCUAUUAGCCUUUUAACGUAGAUUUGGUAGUUUUGGUUAUGAUAAGUUACCUUGAUGUGCUAGCUUGUGUUCAACUUAUUCUAUACAAACUCCUCCCGAUUAUGUAAUUUCUCGAUUAUAUAUUGGAUGGAACUCCGCUGGAACUUCAAGUUUACACAAGCACAAGAAUCAUAUGUAUUAAACAAAUAUACAAGUUAUUUUUUGUGAGGUGAGUGUUUUGUUUUUAUUUUUAUUUUUAUCCUUACAAGAAACACACAUUAGUACAUUGCUCCUAUGAAAACUUGAACCUUGAGUCUUUAUUUUGCAAGGCAAGAGAGAACUACUAGGCUACAGCAGACACCGUCUGCGUCUUUGAUAGUAGGCGUGAUAAACAUUAGUGUAUUGGAACCAGCACAGCACAUCCAUUGUUUUCAAUACUUCGAACUACGCUUGCAUUUCACACAAUAUUAUCACCUCCCAAUUUACUAAAUUGUUGUGGGAAAGCAAUGGAGUACAUUUCUCUGAGCAAUCCGGAAGAGCCGGAUUGUGGUUUUAUUGACACUACUUUUACGCAUCUAUAAUGCCAGUCUUAUGACGAUAAAAA